AUGGCAUCGCUAGCGGAAAAAGACGUCCGCACCGAGGUGGAUUCCAAUGAAACUACCGAUUUCAAGGGCAUCAAUGAAAAGGCUCUACUCCGCAAGUUGGAUUAUCGCCUACUGCCGCCUCUGACAAUAUUGUACCUUUUGUCGUUUUUGGAUCGCAGCAAUGUGGGAAAUGCACGUUUGGAGGGCAUGGCAGAUGAUAUCAAUAUGUCAGGAAAUCAAUACCUGACUGGUUUGACUUUAUACUUCAUUGGAUAUGUCCUUUUUGAAAUUCCCUGCAACGUGAGAUCUCUUGACAACCCCUCUAGGUCCAUAAAUGGACAAGAUGCUGAAACCAGACAGAUUGUGUUGAAGAAGACCACGCCCAGAAUAUGGCUACCCACAUUGACUCUCGUUUGGGGAGUCGUUGCCACGCUACUGGGCAUUGUACAGAAUUACUCAGGAUACCUAUCAUCCCGAUUCUUCUUGGGUGUUGCAGAGAGCGGGCUGUUUCCUGGUGUUGUGUUCUAUCUGUCCAUGUGGUAUAAACGCAAUGAGCAGCACUACCGCGUGGCCCUUUUCUUCAGCGCUGCUUCACUGGCAGGCGCGUUUGGUGGAAUCCUGGCUUGGGCAAUUUCGCACAUGGACGGCGUGGGCAACUUGAAGGGCUGGAGAUGGAUUUUCAUUCUUGAAGGUCUCUUGACUGUGCUCGUUUCAAUCAUCGCCUAUCUCUGGGUAUACAAUUACCCAGCAACCGCAGAAUUCCUCACCAAGGAGGAGCGUGAAUUUAUCCAAUUCCGACUCAAGAAUGACAACGACGCCACCCGCGACGAGGAGUUUUCCUGGACCGCUGUUCAAGAAGCUUUCAAAGAUCCGAAAGUCUGGCUAUACGGCCUGGGAUUCCACACCAUGUCGCUGCCAUUAUACACCUUGUCACUCUUCCUUCCAACAAUCAUCAAAGAGCUCGGGUAUUCUGCCGCGAAGGCGCAGCUUCUGUCCGUGCCUCCAUACGCAGUCGCUUUCUUCUUGACCAUCGGUGUGGCGGUUGCAUCCGAAAAGACUCACAGUCGGGCGCCUUUCAUCAUGGGCUCAUCUGCUAUCGGAUGCAUCGGGUAUAUUUUACUUCUAUCGCAACAUCGCCCGGGGGUAUCUUACGUUGGGACCAUCUUUGCUGCAGCGGGGAUCUACCCAGCCGUCGCUAUUGUGCUAUCAUGGCCAGCCAAUAAUGUUUCCGGCCAGACGAAGCGGUGCAUUGCUAAUGCGAUGCAAAUUUCCAUCGGAAAUCUUGGUGCCGUGCUUGGUACGCAGCUGUACCGCACUGAAAGUGCGCCAAGGUAUUUCCUGGGUCAUGGGUUUGCCCUAGGUUACCUGGUAGCCAAUAUUGCGGUCGUGGGUGUAUUGUGGCAGGUUCUUAAGCGGGAGAAUUCUGAGAAGGAGCGUAUCAGAGAUGUCCAAGGCCUGUCGCCGCUUAUGGGAGAUGUGGGAGAUGCGGAAGGGGAGUUCCAAGGUGAUAAGGAUCCUCGCUGGGUGUUCCAAACAUAA